GUGCUGCCGCGCAGUUCGUUUGUCGCGAUCGUUGCGCUUACACGACGAAGAGCUUUGCAUAGCGUUUACAUUACAUUUCACACACAUACCAACAACAGCAAACAGACAAUAUUUAACAGCGGGCGCAUCUAUACAACGUGACAUAACGACAUAAUAUUGUGAUUGCUUGGCUCAGCGCCAUAUGAGCGACUGCUACGAACUGACUCCCCCCCUUUCCAUCAUCGCGCACACACAACGGUAGUCCCCCUUCACUUAAUUGAAGUGUGUGUUAAAGUUUCUUUUUUUUUUCGUUGCGCCAGUGUGUGUGAUGUUUUCAUGAACGCGUUCGUGAUCUUUGAAGCAAAACACAGCUGUCUGUUUUUUACCGCAAAACCAGCAGCAACAACUAUAGAUAGUUGUUGUUUCUGCCGACGUCAUGCCAACAAACUGCCAGUAGCAGUCAAUUUAUGUAAAGUGAAAACGUUCAACAGAUACACGUAUGCGUACCUUCAUAUAUACAUAUAUAACGUAUAUACAUAUACAUAUACAUAUACCAAUACGUACAGUUUUGUGAGGCAGCAGAAAACGUAACUUGUUCAUACCGGUUUUACAUGCACUGGCCAUGCUCAAAUACGGCUGCUAUGGAUCCAAUUUUCUUCUCACCCACUAAUGGAAUACCCUCUGAGAGUAAACUCGCCACUUAUAUGAAUCGACAGAAUAUUGCCACAACGACGACGGGCUACGUCAAUGGCAAUGGUAACGUUAACGGUAAUGGGUUCUCACUCCUUAACUUGGACUCGCCCCUAGCAGUUAAUAAAAAGUCUCAGGUAACGCCACAAUCGCCCGAAUUCAUUCCAGCGCGCAUCAAUUCGUCUCCCAACUUUUACGCACCAUAUCACAUGAAUAAUGGCCUAAACGGCGUCAAUGGGUUAACAGCCGCAGCAGCAGCAGCCGCCGCCGCAGCAGCAGCAACCGUUGCAGCCACUCAGUCCACAUCAUCGGUGGCAGCCGCUGCAUCCGUGAGCAUAAGCAAGACGGUAAAUGGCAGCAACUCUUCCAUACUCUCAAUGCAAAAAACCACAAGCGUCUCCACGGUGUCACAGCAACAACAACAACAGCAGCAACAGCAACAACAACAACCGCAGAAACAACAGUCACAAGCAACAACGGGGGGAAGUGGAACGAACUCGUCGGCGCCGAUAGCAAUUAGUGGCAGUGCACCGCCAAAUCCCGCAGCGGCGCCAUUUGUCAGCAGCAUGUCCCAGCAGACGCCGCUGAAGGCGCGCAAUGCGAUGAUGCGACAGGAUUCGCCCACGGCGGCGCUAAUCGGUGGCGAAAAGUCGCCACCACACGGCAUGACACCGCACGGUGCCUCGCCCAUACCCACAACAUUGCCAGCGAGCGUGCAUCAAGAAAAUGUCGGCGGCACCAUCUACUUUUAUCCCACUGGCAAUGGAGCCAACAAUCAGCCCGUGGUCAAUUCGGUUGUGGUGGAUGCUGCGCAUCCAGCUCAUCCGGCUCACCAUGGCGUUGUCAAUGCGGUUGCCCCUCUGAGUGCUGUGCCGCCGCAACUCAUGUAUGCUGGGGGACAUGUGUAUCCGGGACCAGCGUCCAAUGUGAUCGCCAUGCAACCGAAGACGCAACUCGAGUCCGCAUUCUUUAUGCCCGACGAGCUGCGCAGCGAUCUUCUUGCCCGCAACGAGAUCUCCAAUCUGAUCAUGGAUGCUGCGGAGGCGGCACAACAUGCUCUGCCCCUCGAGGUGGACAACUAUCAUGCCCUUUAUCCCUUGGAGCCGCCGGUGCAGCCGAUGCACACCAAAUUAACGCUGCCAGCGAGCACUUACCGGGCCACGCACAAUAGCACGGGAUUCAAGUACUGUCUGAGAAGAUUACACGGCUUUCGCUUGCAGUCCACCAAGUGCAUGACGCUUGUGGAGAUGUGGAAGAAACUGCAGCACACGAAUGUGGUGCAACUACGCGAGGUGUUUACAACAAAAGCAUUUGGUGAUAACUCAUUAGUAUUAGUUUACGACUAUUAUCCCGGCUCACAGACCUUGCUAGCCAAAUACUUUACGCCAACGCCAGACACCAACGGCUACACAGAUCCAUUCCAAGGCGAGGCGCGCCCCUUCAGUCAUAAGAGCAACUUGCAGCGCACAAACAAUGGACCUCUGCUGCCGGAAUCGACCAUUUGGUCCAUCAUCAUGCAACUUACCGCCGGCUUACGGGCCAUACACCAGGCGGGAUUGGCCUGCAAAAUAUUGGAUCCCACGAAGAUUAUAGUAACCGGCAAACGUGUGCGCUUUAGCUCCUGCUGCGUUUCGGAUAUCACGCAGUUUGAUCCGAAUGCGGCAAAUCCUUUGGCUUUGGUCAACAUGCAUCAGCAGGAUGAUCUUACCGCUUUGGGUCGUUUAGUAUUAGCGCUGGCCUGUCGCUGUCUGCAGUCGGUGCAGCGCGAUAAUGUACAGUCCAGCAUUGAUAUGGUGACCCGCAACUAUUCCACCGAUCUACGUAAUUUUAUUGUUUACCUCUUCACCACGAAUAACCGCCGCACUGUAACGGAUCUGAUGCCCAUGAUUGGUGCACGUUUCUAUACGCAACUGGAUGCACUGCAGGCCCAAGUGGACAUGCAGGAUGAUGAGCUGGCCAAGGAGAUGGAGAACGGUCGUCUAUAUCGCAUACUGGUCAAACUGAACAGCAUCAACGAGCGACCCGACUUCAACCUGGACUGCACUUGGUCAGAGACUGGUGAUAGAUAUAUGCUGAAAUUAUUCCGUGAUUUUUUAUUCCAUUCCGUCACUGAGGAUGGCCGACCCUGGCUGGAUCACGCACACAUUGUACAAUGCCUCAACAAGCUGGAUGCUGGCUCAAUCGAGCGUGUGCAACUCAUGUCACGCGAUGAGCAAUCGGUACUAAUUGUCUCCUAUGCUGAACUCAAGAAUUGUCUGGAGAACGCCUUCUCCGAACUGAUGAGCGCGGCCAACUGAAGAGCUCCUCAAAACGAAAACAACAAAACAAUAACAACAACAACAACAACACUACUAUCAUCAUUUUAAACAUGAACAGUACGAAACACGCGCAGCUCAUUUUGCCACAUCUAUUGUCCGUAGUCCCUACCUCUUCCCUUCCGAUAAACUCAACUCGACCACAAGUAACUACAAUUAAAUGGUUUAUAAUAUAACAAAACAAAACAAAACGAAAAAAAGAAAAGAAAGAAACAUUCAUUAUAACUAAGACAUUUUUAGGCGAAUGCCACAAGUAAAACAUAAUAAUAAAUAAAGAAACCAUUAAAUUAAAAUAAAUAAACAUAAUCUACAUACGCAGAUUUAUAUUGUUAAGCCAAGCAAAAAGAUAAAAGAUAAACGUAUACCUAAACAUAACGAUAACGAUAAAGAUAAAGCUAAACAACAAAAACAACAACAAAAGAAUGGAAGGCAAACAACAACUGAUAUCCAAUGUUAUGUUAGAUCUUAACUACAUUUUAGGCAUUUAAACUUACACGAAAAACAAAACAAAACAAAAAACCGAAACAACAACAUCAAAUAAACCAACAACAACAACAAACAGAAAAGGAGCAACCACUUUUUGAAAACGAAAUCUCUCCAGAAAAAAGAAAACAAAAAUACAAAAAAAUGUAAACGAAAGAAAAAAAACUGUAAAACAAAAAAAACUGGCAAAAUUUGUUGAAACGAAACAAAAACUUAAAAAAAGAAACAUACGAAAAUGAGCAAAAAAAAAAAGAGAAAGUUGAUCUAUUUUUACAGAGAAGAGAAAGAAAG